GUCAUGUCGGUACCCCUCUCACUCGCCCUUCCCCUGUCCCUGAAAGUCACACUAGGAUUGUCUUGCAAGGCUUCGAGCUAUUAACCAGUAACAUGAUGGUAGGCUUCCGCAUCUGAUCGGGCUUGUCAAAGACAUAUCGACGGAUCGUCGCAGGUGUUUCCCAUGGCCGUAAUGAAGAGGGCCGUCCCCUGGUGGUCCUUGCUGCUCAAUUUUCUGCUGGGUGCGUGUGUUUCGACGCUGCCGGUGGGCUUACUCACGGUCGUGACAGUCACGUUCGGCAAUCUGGUCGGAAGUCUCUUCACGGCGGCCAUCCUUGUCCACUGUGAGAUAGCUCUGCGCGCUUG